AUGGAGCAGCGUGGAGGUGCAGGAGGGGGAACAGAGAACCCGGGCCUUCAGGACAGCGCCAGCCCAGAGGAGAGAGGGGAGAGCCCUGCCUCCAGCGGCCCCCUGCCCUGCAAGUUGAGCCGUCUGGAGGUCAACGGCAGCCCAGCAAACCCACAAACCCGACAGAACGGCACACCGCUGAGACCACUGGGAGGUUUGAUGAUCCCAGUCUACUGCGUGGUCGAGCAUGCAGACAUGGGCAUGGCUGGCGACUGUGAGGGGCGUGGCGACCGUCACGCUGAGUUCGUGUUGGUGCGUAAGGACGUCCUCUUCACACAGCUGGUGGAGACGGCGCUGGCGGCUCUCGGAUACUCGCACAGCUCAGCUGUACAGGCACGUGGCAUCAUUAAAGUGGGCCGGUGGAAGCCGAUGCCCAUCCACUACCUAACAGACGCACCAGAGGCAACAGUGGCUGACAUGCUGCUGGAUGUUUACCACAUGGUCACUCUGCGGAUCCUAUUGCACAGCUUUGCCCGGCUGGAGGAGCUGCCGUCAGAGCAGUGGACCCACGCCACGGUGAGGAACGCCCUCAAAGAGCUGCUCAGAGAGACCAACCAGAGCGCUCUGGCCAAGGAGUGUCCCCUCUCCCAGAGUAUGAUCUCAGCGAUAGUGAACAGUUCCUACUACGCCAACGUCUCCACCUCAAAAUGCCAAGAGUUUGGACGCUGGUAUAAGAGGUACAAACGCAUCAAAGGUGAAUACACUGAGAAGACGUGGUCAGCACAGGACAAAUCAGAUAUAAAAGUGGAGAGGGAUUUGGACCUGAGCAUCAUCGGCCAGCGUACUCCCUCGCUCUUACCCUCCCCCACCCACUUGGGCACCAUUGCCGGCCCUGGAGCUCUUUCUAUCAAGAGUGGCCUCGGGGAUGCCCAGACCCCCACCCAGCCUCACUGUCUGCCUCACCCCGCCGGCCAGCACCACCCCAGUCCUCCACUGCGUCCCCAGGCUCCACCGCUCCUAGGACACAGCGGCCUCCUGUCCCCCCAGCUCCCCCCUCAGCUCGUCCGUCAGCAGCUCGCCAUGGCCCACCUCAUCAACCAGCAGCUGGCCGUCAGCCGCCUGCUCGCCCACCAGCACCCACAGGGAGUCAACCAGCAGUUCCUCAACCACCCGCCCAUCUCAAGGACCUGCAAGGGCUCCGGGGCCUCUGCCGAACUCGGCCUCAACUGCUCAGGGGCCGAAGUCUCCUCUGACAUUUACCAGCAGGUCAGAAAUGAGCUGAAGAGGGCCAGCGUUUCCCAGGCAGUGUUUGCUCGCGUGGCUUUUAACCGCACACAGGGCUUGCUGUCAGAGAUCCUUCGUAAGGAGGAGGACCCUCGCUCUGCCUCUCAGUCGCUGCUGGUCAACCUGAAGGCCAUGCAGAACUUCCUCAACCUGCCGGAGGCCGAGCGAGACCGCAUCUACCAGGAGGAAAGAGAGAGGAGCACCAACACCAACCACAACCACUCCACCAACCACAUCUCCAGCACCAACACACACAGACACGCACAGACAAAGUGCAGCUUGUCGGGCGCAGAGCUGCCGCUGAAGCUUGACUCACUGGUGAACAUCACGUCCGGGAUCUAUGAGGAGAUCCAGCAGGAGAUGAAGAGGGCGAAGGUCUCCCAGGCUCUGUUUGCUAAGGUGGCUGCCAAUAAAAGUCAGGGUUGGCUAUGUGAGCUGCUCAGGUGGAAGGAGAGCCCAAGCCCUGAUAACCGUACACUGUGGGACAACCUGUGCACUAUCAGGAGGUUCCUGGCGUUACCGCAGGCCGACCGGGACCAGGUCUAUGAAGAGGAGUCGAGGCAGCAGCACAGCGACAGGCUUCACACCGUCCUCCACAUCCCAGACCAGCAGGCACUCCACAGACAGCCCCUGCCACCUCUGACAUCCCCAUCUCCCAUUCAUGAAGACCCACAGCCCGUCCUGCUGCCGGUGUUGCAUGGCUCGGAGGACGGGCCCCAGCAUGGUAUGAGCCCUGGCCUUGGAGGUGGAGGACCAAAGAAAGCCCGUUCGCGGACACGGAUCUCCCUGGAGGCCCUGGGUAUCCUGCAGAGCUUCAUUGGCGACGUGGGCCUCUACCCCGACCAGGAGGCCAUCCACACACUGUCAGCUCAGCUGGACCUGCCCAAACACACCAUUGUCAAGUUCUUCCAGAACCAGCGCUACAACGUCAAGCACCACAGCCAGGCCAGAGAGUCCGUCCCCGAGGAGGACGACAGGGAGACCUCAAGUCCAAGGCUGGGGGGCAACGGCACGGUGGAGAGCCGAGGGGAGGAGGGGUUCUCUGCAUCUGAGGAGUCAAGUGAGGAUGGGAGAGGAUCAGUGGAAGUGUUCAGAACAGAGGGAGGACACAAAGAUGAGGAAAGAGAGGUGGAAAUGGAGGUAGAGAAGGAAGAAGUGGAUGAUGGGAAAGCCUCAGGGCCAGCAACGUCCUCCCUGUCCCCCUACAGCAGUCUGGACAGCCCCCACUCUGCAGAGCAGCAGAGAUAACAGCAGAGAAACGAGAGAAACACUGAUGGCAACAGAGGACACCAUCAAACUGUGAAGACCACACACAGAGAACCUGUGAAUAAACACACACAUUUUCAUCACCUUUACCAGAGCUGAUGAUCAGAGCUCGUUAAUAUCUGAAGAACUGUGGCAAAAUAUUGAUGUAAGGUUUGACUGGAAAAGGGAUCUGAAGGUACUACCACUGCCUUCAGAAACUACCAGUACUUUUGUUUUGCUGCUGUCUGGAGACAGUGUUUGUGGGCAAUUUUAAAUACCACUUAAAGAAAAAAAUGUAUUUCCUACCAAAUAUUCAGUUUUUCACCUAGCUGUGUUUUCUGGUGAGGAUGGAGAACACAUUUCAAACAGCCUUAGAUCAUCACUACACUCCACUGAAACACAGAUCACACAUUAAGACAUGAAAAUCUUUGAGCUGAUUCAUCCUUUGUUUUAAAGUGAUACUCUGCCAAAAUCUGAAACACUCACUCUGCAGGCUUCAAAGGUGACUGUAAAAAGACUGUAGUUCAAAAUCCACUCCUGCAGCACAAUCCACCUUGUUUGUUUCAAAUAUUUUUGUCAAAGUACGACAAAUGCACAUCCUACUUUGAAGUUAUCGUCAUACAUGGAAGCAGUGUAUUUAGCUAUACAGGAUUUUGACUUAAAGAUACAUAUACAUAGGAUUUUACAUAUAGGCAGAGAAGAGGAUUAUGCUGCAAGAAUGGUUUGAGAAGUUUCGAUGAUUUGCUCUCAUCCUAAAAGUCUUCAGGUAUCUUUAAAGACAACAGGCUUUACGUUUAUUUGUUUCGUAUGUUUAGAGGUUGAGGGGUUUGAUACUAAAAAGAUUUCCUUGGCAGGCUUCGGUUUAGUCAUUAAGCUAGAAGUACACAGAAGGUGACUUGAAUACAGAAGAACAUUAUUCAGCAUGUCAACGAGACUCCAUGCAGCAAGAUAGUUUUCAGUCCAACACGAGGAAGACUGUGCGUUUGUGACCAGAAACACUGUAAGUGAAGCGUUUGGCUUUUGGGCUUCAUUUUGUGCUUCACAUACAGAUAUACAGGUAAAUGGACAGAUAUUAGAAACAGAUAUAAAUAAAUAAAUAAAUAAAAAAAGACACAUUGACAAGCUGCAGCCAGAGAGGAACUCCCAUAGGGGCAGAGGUGGAAACAAGUGGCUCAUGUCUGUCUUCUUGUUAGGCAGAGAUGUCAUUACAUUGGAACCGAGGAUAAACUCACUGACACUGAGCAGUAGUAUUUCAUGUGAAGGGCAUUUACCUUUGGGAAAGGGAGACAUGCAGGACAAUAACAGUAGAACGUCCAUCCAAAAUGAAGCCAAUUUUCUAUUCUACUUGUUUUUCUACGAUAUAAUUUAUUGCCCGAGUGUCCUUCCCAUGAUGUUUCUAGAGGUCCCUUCAUCAACUGAGCUGUAUGUGACACUUAAGCCAUUAUUGACAAUAAAUCAGUUCCACCCCAUCCCCCACAUUAAUAU